AUUUAUUAACUUAUUAGUAAAAAUGAAUAUUUCAACGAACGAGAACAAUCCGAAUACCUUAAAACUAAUAAUUGCAGCUAAAUUUGCUCAGCAAGCUGUUACCGUAAAAACGGUACAACCAAAAGCAAGCUUUUUGGGCCGUUUACCUUCCAUUGAAUUUCCAUCUGGAUUAAUAUUAUUUAGUACCAAUGCAGCAAUGCAGCUCAUAAUACCUUUAUCUGAAGAAUUUAAAGUUGUUAAUAAUAAAUGGUUGGAAUGGGAAAUAUCUCAGUUACAGCCAGCUAUAGCACUUUAUGGUAGUACAGGAAUUUACAAGACUUCCCAAAAAUCAUGUUUAUGGUCGUUAUUAAAAGAACUUAAUAAUGCAUUAAAAGACAAGCAGUACUUAAUUAAGGGUAAUAAUGACUUAUCAUUGGCAGAUAUAUGUAUUUGGGUAACUCUAUGGUCUACUAUAAUGGUCACAGAAAUUGGGAAUGAAUUAAAUAAAGAAUAUUUAUCGAUUAAAAAUUGGUUAUCCAAUAUAGAAUUGCUUACAGUUAUUCAGGAUUCUAUCAAAGAAUAUAGUUUUGAAAGAGGCUUAAAAGCAAUUUUAAGUAUACAAGCUGCAUCUUGGUUUCCUGUUAAUGCUACUUUAAAUUCUAAACCUCCUAAACCAGUUGAUCUUAGUCCAACAAAAGAGAAAGAAAUAGAAGCUGUUAGUCAACAAGAAAUACGGAAUAUUUCAAACAAUUGGUCUUCUAAGUCAUAUCCUGAUGUAAAAAAUUUUCCUUAUCCUGUGUUGCCAAAAAAAGGUGAAAAAAAUAUUUUAAUAACAUCAGCAUUACCUUAUGUUAACAAUGUUCCUCAUUUAGGAAACAUUAUUGGUUGUGUUCUUUCUGCCGAUAUUUUUGCCAGAUAUUGUAGACAAAGAAAUUAUAAUACUCUUUUUAUUAGUGGUACUGAUGAAUAUGGUACUGCUACAGAAGCUAAAGCUUUGGAAGAAAAAACAACACCUCAGAAUAUUUGCAAUAAAUUUUUUGAUAUACAUAAUGAUGUCUAUCGAUGGUUUAAUAUAGGAUUCGACUAUUUUGGUCGUACAACUACACCAGAACAAACAGAAAUUGUGCAGUCAUUUUUCUUGAAAAUUAAAUCAGAAGGAUACAUAUUAAGUGAAAGUGUAGAUCAGCUUCUAUGCGAAUCUUGUGAUAGGUUUUUGGCAGAUAGAUUUGUAGAAGGAACUUGUCCAAGGUGCAAAUAUGAAGAUGCACGUGGAGAUCAAUGUGAUGGAUGUGGUCAUUUAGUGAAUGCAACGGAUCUAAUAUCACCGCGAUGUAAAGUAUGUGGUAAUAGGCCUAUUGUUAAAAAGUCACAACAGUUUUUCUUGGAUUUACCUAAGUUAGAAAACAAGUUAAAAGAAUGGUCUUCGAAAGUAGAAAAAGGAUGGUCAAGUGUUGCAAGAGUGGUUGCAAAACCGUGGCUACGUGAUGGACUUAAACCGCGAUGUAUAACGAGAGACUUAAAAUGGGGAAUACCCGUUCCAAUAAAAGGUUUUGAAAAUAAAGUAUUUUAUGUUUGGUUCGACGCUCCUUUUGGUUAUAUCAGUAUUACAAAAAAAUAUACAAAGGAAUACCAACAGUGGUGGAAGCCUAAAGAUAUACAAAUUGAUCUAUAUCAAUUUAUGGCAAAGGACAACGUUCCAUUUCAUGCAAUCAUGUUCCCUGCUUAUUUGUUAGCAGCUAAUGAAGGUUAUACAUUAUUAAAGCAUUUGAUGGCAACAGAAUAUCUCAAUUAUGAAGAUACAAAGUUUUCUAAAUCGAGAGGUAUUGGAGUGUUUGGUACUGAUGCUAGAGAUACAGGUAUACCGGCUGAUGUUUGGCGAUUUUAUCUCGCAUACGUCAGACCCGAAACGCAAGAUUCAAAUUUUAACUGGGUAGAUUUAGCAACUAAAAACAAUAGUGAAUUAUUAAAUAAUUUUGGAAAUUUUGUUAAUAGGGCUUUAGUAUUUGUGGAAAAAUAUUUUGAGUCUAAAAUACCAGCAAUAGAACUUCAAGAAGAUGAUUUAGUAUUACUAGCAUUGGCUCAACGUGAAUUAUCAUCUUAUAUUCAUGCUUUAGAGCAAGCUAAAUUACGCGAUGGUUUGAAGCAUGUUUUAGCGAUUUCGAAACAUGGAAAUCAAUAUAUGCAAUUCCAAGAGCCAUGGGUGAAAAUCAAGGGAAUUGACAGCGAUAAAAGAAGAGCUGGAACGAUCAUCGGUAUUUGUUGUAACUUGGCAUGCCUUUUAUCAUCUUUAUUGGCUCCAUUCAUGCCAUGUACAGCUCGCGAAUUAAGAUCACAAUUAGGAUUGCAAACUAACAAUUAUGGCUAUAUCCCUGAUGAGAUUACAAGCAUACUUCCCACAGGACACAAAAUUGGCAAACCAUCUCCUCUAUUUAAAAAGAUAGAGGAGAAAGAUGUAGAAACAUUAAGAAAGAAAUAUGCUGGUAAACAAGAUACUACAAAUAACGACGAACAUGGUGAUGUCAAGUCUUUAGAUAAUGCAAUCGCAGAACUGGAUACUAAAGUUAAAGAACUAAAGGCCAAGCACGAUAAAAGCGGAUGGCCAUCUAAGCAAGUUCAGAUUUUCGUAGAUUUAAAAAAUAAACUUUCUGACCUUAUAAGUGAAAAAAAUAAAUCUUCCGAAUUAAAAAGUAAAAAUCCUGAGAAUUUUGUACCUGAGCAAAAUGGAGAUAUUUCAAUGGACGUAGCAAGUUUGGAAGCGGCUAUCACUAAACAGGGCAAUCUUGUACGUCAAUUGAAAGCUAAAGAAGAAAAAUCAGUAUGGCAACCUGAAGUAGAAAAAUUAUUGAAACUAAAAAAACAAUUAGCAGAUCUCACUGGAACAACUCCAGCUCCGACUGACAAAAAAUCGAAAAAAAAGAAAUAAACAGAUUAUUAAACAAUAUGUAUACAUUUCACGUUAUUAAAACCUAUAAAGGUUUUAUAUAAUAAAAAA